GUGGGUAAGGGGAGGUGGCGGUUGUUGUUUAGAAGAGGAGGAGGAGGAGGAGGGGGCGGCAUAAGUGUCCUGGGAAGGGUUAAAGAAUGACAGAUAUGGCAGAUAAUCAUAAAGAAAAUUGGGUAGCCCUGGUGGCUGCAGCAGAACAGUACCGGCGUCAAACAGGCAACGAAAUUGUUUUGCUCACAGCCUUCCGGGCACCACCCCCUGGCAACUACAGCUAUGUGCAGCAUGGGAGUGGGGCUCUAGCAGAUGCUGUUCAGCGCUACCUCGAAGAUAUUGCAGUGGUUCAUAAAACCACUGCUUUCACCUAUAUUGCCCGCCCUCCCUCAAACCCUCAUCCACCUCCCCCACAAGGAUCCUAUUCCCAAAAUUACCUUCCUACUUAUGCUCCAGAUGAACCUGCCCCACACAGGACGCCUGCCUCCCAGGGAGGCCUGCCUCAGGCUUCGGGAGGCCAAGAAAACGAACAUGAAGAUGAAGAUGACGAAGGUGACAGAAACACAUUGACCGAACUGGAACAACCGGGUGGGAGAAACCUUCCUAGUGACGCUACUGGUCUGUUUGUGAUGGACGAAGAUUCUCCAAGCCAAGAUUAUGAGCCUUUUUUUGAUUCUGAUGUGGAGAGCACUGACGAUGGAAGUCUGAGUGAGGAGGCUCCAGGACAGACAGCUCCUCCAACCCCAAGCCAUCACUAUGCCAAAUCCCUCCCUGUCUCUGUGCCUAUCUGGGGCUUUAAAGAGCAAUGCCAAGAGAUACGAUCCUCUGAUGAAGAGAACAGUAAGCAUUCGUCUCCUGACCUCGAGAAGAUUGCCGCCAGCAUGAGAGCUCUGGUGCUGCGGGUUUCAGAUGGCACAGAGAUGUUUGGAGACCUGCCUCGGCCACGCCUGAAUACGAGUGACUUCCAGAAGCUGCAUCGGAAAUAUUAAUAGAUCUGGCCAUUGGUCCUACCGCCUCGGCGCCGUUUUCCUCCACUACCAAAAAUCGGUAGACAGGGUUCAGAGCCCCUCUCAAGCCAUACUGUUCAAAUUCUGUCCUCCAGCCUUUGCUCCCCACAAGCUUUAAUUUAAAAUGAGUAACCUCAGUUUCACACUACAGAUGGGCUGGAGGGGUUAAUUACCUCCUUUUUUACAAUUGAAAAUCCUCCGCUUCUAUGAUUUGAACACUAAGACCAGUGUUUCUCAUCUGUGGUAACUUUUAAGAUGUGUGGACUUCAAUUCCCAGAAUUCCCCAGCCUACUUUUAAUCAGAUUUUCAAGGGCUGUUUCUGGUUCAAACCCUCUAUUUUUGUCCAAAGAUGAUUGGUGAAUUGGAAGAGAGGAUAUUUUUUUUCUCCUUCCUGCCAGCCUAUAAACCAAAAAUAAUAAUAAAAAGGUUGUCUUUUACCAGCU